UUUUUUGCCAGCUGCCAGAGUGUCUUCAGUGCUGUGAAGUCAGAUGAAAGGUAGGAGUUAAAGCUCCCUUUGCUGCAGUCCUUCCCUUGGGUGUGCUGGUAGAAAUCCCUUGGAUCUCUGUUGAAGUUUCAUCAUCCCCCUUCAUUCUUAGCUUCAGAAGAACUAGGAGUUCAGAAGUUCUAGGAUCAUUUUCUCCUGACACCACCAAAAAAACCCGAGCUCCGGGGAAGUACAAGCAAGAGUCAUUAGUUUUCAAUAGUUUUAAGUAUCAUAUGUCAUUUGUGGUUCACAAUAUCAGAUGAUUUCAUGAAGAGAUUUUUCUCCAUUUGUUUUGACCUUAUAAACAGCCCAUAAUUUUUUCUGUUACAACAAAAUGCAAAUGAUUUUAUGAAUAUGUUAGGUGUAAGUUGAAGAUGAUAAAUAAUACUAAAGAUCAGUUGGUUAUAUGAUGUAGAAGGUAUACAAGUAAUGGAUUCAAGCAAUACAAGCAAUCAGAAAAAGAUGAAAAAUUGAAAUGUAAAACACCCGUAGUAGCAGUGUGACAUUUUAGACUAUUUUUGAGUAUGUGAAGGAUGGGGAAGAUGCAAGACUGGAGACAGGCAAAUGUUGUGCCUAUUUUAAAAGGGGGGAAGUGAUGAGCCAGGGAAUUAGUGUAAUGCUAACACUGUGAAGUGUACAAAGCAAGUCGUUGGACAGAUUUAUAGAUAUCUGGAUGAUGUUAAAGUAAUUAAAAAAAAGAAAACUACAGAAAAGUAUGGAAACAAAAGUUAGUCCUAAAGAAGGGUUCAUAUCUUUACUUUUUUCUUACAAAGAUUCAGAGAGGUGGGAAGGCCUGUAUUAUUUCAGAUUCUGGAACUACAAUACCAUUUGUUAUAGUUAAUUUUUAAAAAAGCUUUAAGUAUGGAGAAGUGUAGCCUGGUCCCCCAGAUUUCUGCAGCAGUUGAAUCUCCAUGUAUUUAAUGGCAUCCAGACUUUUUUGAUAAUAUGAGGAGGAUUGUGACGUUAAAAAGUCAUAAAAUGUCUUGUUCCCAGAAGUCUCUGGCAUGACAGAAUUUCUGUAGAUUCUUAGAAUCUCAGGAUUUCUGAGAAGUGAAGUUUCUGCUGUUGAUUUUUCUGUUCUGUUCAGGGAAAUUUGGCUUGGUGCACAUUUUUUGAAACUUGCAGACCACCAGCAGAAAUUACCCUGGGGAGGCCUUGGACUUUUGCGAGCUGCUCCAGCCACGAGGGGAAUAAUAGGGAACACCUCCACUGGUCCAGGCAAUCUUCAGUGGUGAUCCAGAAGAGAUACGGAUGUUGAUCUACAAAACUGAGGAUGUCAACGCCUUGGAUGCUGAGAAAAGAACCCCUCUUCACGUUGCAUCAUUCCUGGGGGAUGCAGACAUCAUUGAGCUUCUUAUUUUGUCAGGUGCUCGUGUCAAUGCCAAGGACAAUAUGUGGCUGACUCCUCUCCAUCGAGCAGUUGCUUCAAGGAGUGAAGAAGCCGUGCAGGUGCUCAUCAAGCACUCGGCCGACGUCAAUGCCCGGGACAAGAACUGGCAGACCCCGCUGCACGUGGCAGCCGCCAACAAGGCGGUGAAGUGUGCGGAGAUCCUCAUCCCCCUGCUGAGCAGCGUCAACGUGUCGGACCGCGGCGGGCGCACGGCGCUGCACCACGCCGCCCUCAACGGCCACAUCGAGAUGGUGAACUUGCUCUUAGCCAAGGGGGCAAACAUCAAUGCUUUUGACAAAAAGGACAGAAGAGCUCUUCACUGGGCAGCAUACAUGGGUCACCUGGAAGUUGUUGCCUUGCUGAUUAAUCAUGGUGCAGAAGUGACUUGUAAAGACAAGAAAGGUUACACCCCACUUCAUGCAGCUGCAUCCAAUGGGCAGAUUAACAUUGUGAAACAACUCCUUAACCUGGGGGUGGAGAUUGAUGAGAUGAACAUCUAUGGAAACACUGCACUUCACAUUGCCUGUUACAAUGGUCAGGAUUCUGUUGUUAAUGAGCUGAUUGACUAUGGUGCUAAUGUAAAUCAGCCUAAUAACAAUGGAUUCACCCCCCUGCAUUUUGCUGCUGCCUCCACUCAUGGAGCACUGUGUCUUGAACUACUAGUGAAUAAUGGGGCCGAUGUUAAUAUUCAGAGUAAGGAUGGGAAGAGCCCCUUGCACAUGACAGCUGUCCAUGGGAGGUUCACACGGUCGCAGACCCUCAUCCAGAACGGAGGGGAAAUCGACUGUGUAGAUAAGGAUGGUAACACCCCCCUGCACGUGGCUGCAAGAUACGGACACGAGCUUUUGAUCAACACCCUCAUAACCAGCGGAGCCGAUACUGCCAAGUGUGGGAUCCACAACAUGUUCCCUUUACACUUAGCAGCACUGAAUGCCCACUCAGACUGCUGCAGGAAAUUGUUGUCAUCGGGACAAAAGUAUAGCAUAGUGUCCUUGUUUAGUAAUGAGCACGUGCUGUCUGCAGGCUUUGACAUAGACACCCCCGACAGCUUCGGAAGAACGUGCCUGCACGCGGCCGCUGCCGGAGGUAAUGUAGAAUGUAUAAAACUCUUGCAAAGCAGUGGAGCAGAUUUUAAUAAGAAGGACAAAUGUGGAAGGACACCUUUGCACUAUGCAGCUGCAAAUUGUCAUUUCCACUGCAUUGAGACUCUGGUGACAACAGGAGCCAAUAUUAAUGAAACAGAUGACUGGGGGCGCACCCCUUUGCACUAUGCUGCUGCUUCUGACAUGGACCGAAAAAGAAAGAAUAUUUUAGGUAACUCCCAUGAAAAUGCUGAAGAACUUGAAAGAGCCACUGAGAUGAAGGAAAAAGAAGCUGCAUUGUGUCUCGAGUUCCUUCUCCAGAACGAUGCCAACCCAUCCAUCCAGGACAAGGAGGGGUACAACACUGUGCAUUACGCUGCUGCCUAUGGGCACCGGCAGUGCUUGGAACUGAUUGGAAGCAAAACCCCAUUGGAUAUACUUCUGGAAAAAACAAACAAUAUGUUUGAGGAAUCUGAUUCUGCAUCUACAAAAAGUCCUUUGCAUUUAGCUGCCUAUAAUGGUCAUCAUCAAGCUCUGGAGGUACUUCUCCAGUCUCUGGUAGAUCUGGAUAUCAAGGAUGACAAGGGACGCACUGCUCUGGACUUGGCUGCAUUUAGAGGACAUGCAGAGUGUGUGGAAGCUCUCAUCAGCCAGGGUGCUUCUGUCACCGUCAAGGACAAUGUCACCAAAAGGACCCCCCUCCAUGCCUCAGUCAUUAAUGGCCAUACACCUUGUUUACGGUUGUUGCUGGAAGUCACAGACAACCCUGAUGUGACAGACGCCAAAGGACAAACUCCGCUAAUGCUUGCAGUGGCAUAUGGGCACAUUGAUGCUGUUUCUUUAUUACUUGAAAAAGAAGCAUCUGUAGAUGCAGCUGAUCUCCUGGGAUGCACAGCUCUACAUCGAGGGAUCAUGACUGGGCAUGAAGAAUGUGUUCAGAUGCUGUUAGAGAAAGAAGUCUCUAUUUUGUGUAGAGAUGCCAGAGGCAGGACACCUCUGCACUUUGCAGCAGCUCGGGGUCAUGCCACGUGGCUGAGCGAGUUACUGCAGGUGGCACUUUCCGAGGAGGACUGCAGCCUGAAGGACAACCAGGGCUACACGCCCCUGCACUGGGCUUCUUACAAUGGUCAUGAAAACUGCAUAGAGGUACUAUUGGAACAAAAACUUUUCCACAAGUUUGAUGGUAAUAGCUUCUCUCCAUUGCACUGUGCUGUAAUCAAUGAUCAUGAAAACUGUGCAUCCCUACUCAUUGGAGCCAUAGAUGCCAGCAUUGUCAAUUGUGAAGAUGACAAAGGAAGGACGCCCCUGCACGCCGCAGCCUUCGCCGACCACGUGGAGUGCCUGCAGCUGCUGCUGAGCCACAGCGCGCAGGUGAACGCGGCCGACCGCGCGGGCAGGACGCCGCUCAUGAUGGCAGCGCACGGCGGGCACCUGGGCGCCGUCGACUUUUUGGUGAACAUUGCCAAGGCUGACCUGACAUUAAAAGACAAGGAGUUGAAUACAUCUUUGCACUUGGCUAGCAGUAAAGGUCAUGAAAAAUGUGCCUUGUUAAUACUUGACAAGAUCCAAGAACAGAGCCUUAUUAAUGCAAAAAAUAACGCAUUGCAGACACCUCUUCAUAUUGCUGCACGAAAUGGCUUAAAGAUGGUGGUUGAAGAGUUGCUGGCCAAAGGGGCUUGUGUCCUGGCAGUAGAUGAAAAUGGUCAUACGCCAGCCCUGGCUUGUGCUCCUAACAAAGACGUGGCUGACUGCCUGGCACUCAUUUUGGCUACCAUGAUGCCUUUUUCUCCCUCCAGUUCAGUGACGGCUUUCAACUUCGCUUGUUUUAAAAAAGACAAUUUGGGCAGGACGCACGUCUGCGAUGGCUCCGCUAUGGGUAGCAUUAACUCUUACGAUAAGCCCUUGAGUAAUAACGUAGGAACAGAGGAUGGGUACAAUGAAAAUGAUUCGGAUUCUGAAACAUUUUGAUUUAUUGGUAUUGGAAAACUUUUUUCGCUAUUAUUUAGUUUCAGCUUUAAUUUUUGUCCUUUGAAACAGCUUAAAUCCCACAGUUAGAUCCUUAACUAUAAUUCUUGACAAGUAGGUAUUAAAAGAUUUGUAGUGUUGAUGAGAAUCAAGCCUUUAAAUAACAAAAUUAGAGGGACUUACUGGAACAUAAUUCCUAUUAGCGUUCUGCAGCUUUUCAGUUUCCUAAUGUUUUCUUUAGGCCCAAAGUGCCCCCAUGGAAAGUCUCUACCUCUUAUUUUAAGUAGAAAAAGGGAAAAUGCCUUUUUUCUUUUUGACAGCACAAAUAAACAGGGAAACGUUUGUAAAGAGUUCUUUCAUGUUUUAGCUGCACCUUUUAGUGCACAAUCCUAUUUCCAGCAUAGCCUUCACAGAUUCGAGCAUCACCCCAUUCCUAUGUUUGUCUGUUUCCUACUUCCAGGGGCUCUGUUAAUUAGAUAAUUUUUUUUACGUGAACCAAAGGUAAAGUUGUAAUCUUAAAAAUGCCUGUAUUACUUUUCUACAGGAAAUGAAACCUUUUACAUUCUGCCUGUUUUAAGCACUUAAACGUACAGAAGGCACUUUUUACAGUUCUUAGUUGCAGUACACAAUUGGAAAAAUUUAGUUGUUAACUCCUAAGGCCAAAUUCUGCUCAUCUCACCAUAUUUUCCCAUGAACAUCACUUCUGUAAAAUGUUAACCACUUGGCCCUUAUUUUUUUUCAAUUCAGCACAAAUGUUUAUUUGCACUACAGAAUUAGGGUCAUUAGAAGUUUCUGUCACCUGAGCCAUUAAUCAUGAAUCCAGUACCAGAAAAGAAAGGGGAGAGGGAGAGAAAUCAGGUGUAGGCAAAUGUGUAUGUAAAAGUUUAUAAUGAUUUGCCAACUUAAAUGGAGCUUUUUUCCUUUUCUAUGGUUAAAUAAUUUAUUUUUACUGUAAGCAGUAUUGAAUUUUAAAAUACUUUUGCCAGUGUUUGGAUUAACAAAGAAAAGGUAAAGCAAUGAAAGCGUAACACCAAAAAUUGAAAUACCAAACACCAGAAACAUAACAGUGUACUGUGUAGGGGACCAGAGACAGAUGCUAAAAAGCCUUUUGUCACCAGCUUUUAAAGCAGUGUCAACUUUGUGAAUAUGUUUACUCCUUCUGCCAAAGUUUCUAGGUCAAAUGGACCCCGACCCUCCUCCGCAACAGAUGUACAAAAGGAAGAAUGAGACUGUAAACAAAAACAAACAAUACAAACAAAAAACUAUCAUGAACUAACCAGCUGUACCAAGAGGACCAAAAUGCUUCAGUAAUUCAAUUGAAGACUUUGCUACUUUUAUUUUUUUGUUCAAAUGUGAGUGACAUAAUGAAGUAGGUUUUUUCUUCUACAUGAUAAAAAUAUAAACUUUUGAGGUAAAAGUAGUCUUGAGUGAAUUUUACAUUUUAUGACAUAGGUUUCAAGUUGACAUUUUUAACUGAUGAUGUGUUGACCACAGGUGGGAUUUUUUUUCCCAGACUUAAGAAUAUGUUAAUAUACUUUUAAUGUAAAUGUGUUUAUAUUUAUUUGAAAUGAAACAAAUUCCCAGGAAAAAUAACUAUGGCUUGUUCUCCUAGUUAGCAUUCAUGCAUACUGAAAUGAAAUGUGAAUCUGGCAAGACUGAGGAGCAAAAGGAGUGGUGGAGGCACACUGGGAGGGUGCCCAUCUUGUACAGAAUGCAAAGGUCCACUGUCUGUGUUGGGGAAAAGCAGAAAGCAAAGCACCCUCCUUUGUUCAAGAGCUUAAGAAGGAUCCAGCCCCUUGCCAGACAGGUGGGAAAACCCACACAGCUGUGACAGAGAAGAGAAGGUGACAGGGAGAGAAGGUGGCAGAGCAUGGAGUCAGCUUGUCUCAGGCCUGUGUCUGUGCUGGGAGGGCGAGAUGAGCUUCCUCGGUGCUCACUUUUGGCAGAGUAAAGGAAAAGUAAGGAUUUGAAUUUUAGUUGCAGGUUUUAGCCCUGUUCUGCUGGAUUGUUGAAAAUCUAUUGGCAUAUUUCAGUUCUUUAAUUAGGGGAAAAAAACUAUAUAUUAUUUUGCCUUACUAAAAUAGAGCAUAUUUUCCUUGAACGCUAGCAAUUUUCCAAAGUUCACAACAAAAAAAAACCCUCUUUUCUCUCAACUCUGUAGUUUCUACAAUAGAACGACAAGAGAACCUGAAACCUUGGUUUUCUCCUUAGAAAGAGCAGCAAAUAAAUUUUAAUUGACUUUUCUCAGCAUUUUUGCUUUUAAAAGUUGUAGAAUAGCAAUAACCACCUUACUUAAAACACUGAAAAUAAGAGGAAAGAGCAAUUGUUAAAAUUUUCAAUGGUGCAUGCUCCAAAAUGAAUAGUAAUCCCAAAUUUUGUUUUUUUUUUUUUAAUGUAGAAGGAUGGCAUUGAAAACAAACAUAUGGGGAAUAGCUGCCACCUGUCUAACAGCAGAAUCAGCAUUUUAAUCAGCAUUAAAUGUAGGCAGGCUCCUUGGCAGGAUUAGUUGUAAGUCUCACCCUGAAAUACAAAAAUUAUGCUAUCCUACAUGACAGUGCUUCAUUAAGAGAAAACCAGCCCUCUUUAUAAAAAGUUAUGUUAUUUGAAGCAGCCAUUUUAAAAGUUUCAGUAUUUUUACCUCCUGCCAUACAGUUACCAAAACAUUUUCUAACUGCAAUACCUCGUAACACUGGUAAUUGUGUGAUGCAACAGCUGCCUCUUAGUGCAUCCCAAAAGCAGAGGUGAUUUAUUUCUGAGUCCCGCUGGUCCUUCCAGGAGCCAAAUCCAACCUUUUGCCAUGAAACCCUACAAUGCUGCCAGGAUGCAGCAUUCCAAAAAGCACAGGAACACACACUGCGCUCGCACCUCGAGGGCGCUGGAUUUGAGAGGAAAGCUGCCACGAGCGAGACACUUGGAAGUGCUCAAUGUUGGCCUGUCCCACACCUCAUGUGAACUACCAGAAUCCCUUUUUUUUUUGUAUGCUAACACAUUAAUCUGUAAUUUAUCACAUGUAGAAAUCAAUGUGUAGUUUAGGGCAGGUAUAUAAGCAUGCGAGUAAUGUUACUCUUGUAAAUAAUCUCCUUGCCUUUCCGUGGACUUCUUACAAGAGUAAUCAUACAGAAUCGUUGCACUUAUCCCUGGAUCCUGCAACUUACAGUAGGUGGACAACUUCUGUGUCUGCACCCAGCGGAGGGCAUUUGGGGAGGGGCAGCUCCCUGCCCGGGUGGAUUGGCAGGAUCGUUUCAUCCUGUAUUUUAACCACAGCUGCAGGUGGAAUCCAGAGCAGGAUGGGCUCCCAAGUCUCUCUCAUAAAUACUGAGUAACAACCUCCGGACUGCCUGAAAUAGCUGUGAAAUAGCUCAGGGGAUUUCUGUUCAUCGCUACUAAAAGGGCACCAUAAUGUGUUUGGUACUUUUAUGCAGUUGACAACUGCCAGGUUAUUGAAUUAGAACAAACACAUGAAAUGAAUUGUUUAUCCAUUGUACUGUUGAGAAACUUGGUUAUGUAUUUGAGGAUGAUUUUAAAAAAAUUGUGAUUUUUAUUCUUAGUCAUGUAAGAAAUAUUAGAGUGCCUUUUUAUAUUUGUGUAUAAUGGAAAUGUUUUGUGAAACUUGUCUUAUUUUUUUUUUUUUCAUUUGAGUGUUAUAAAAGCAAUAUAUUACCAGUAAAUUUUCAUUUCAGACCUUCUUUGAAUGUAUAAAGUGUUUCUUCUUUUCAUAUGUUCUACCUGCAUUGAAAUGAAAAUUAAUAUGCUAAAUUUCUAUAGGAAUAAUGUAUCAUUUUCGCAGUGCUGAAAGUGCUUUCUUAUUACACAAAAAGUAAACUUAGGUCAGUGUUAUAGGAAAGGGCGUUUUAAACUAGUGACAAUCUUGAGUGUGUGUAUAAAAUGUAAUUUUAUGCAUUUCUUAUGCAGUGAUCUACAUAUUAAAGCCAAUAUCUUAUGUUUUGUAGGUUUUGUCUUCUAUUUUAUGCUUUAGCAUGUGCAAUAUAUCUUUACAAACCAUGGUGAUACGCAUCUGGUGCCAGUGUUAUAUUUUGCAUAACAUUUGUAAUAAACUAUAUAAAACAUUGUUUGAUGGUUUUGGUGGGGUUUUGUCAGUAUUGUUUGCUUUUGUAAACUGAAGUUUAGGGACUUGGGUAAAUGUCACAUAUGAAAUGAGGAAAAAACCCUUCACUAAUUGAAUGACUUGGAAUUCAACCUGAAUCUUCUCAAGCACAGUUUAGUAACUUUUUAAACUACUGAAUGCUGUAUUAAUGUAAUAAAGAACCCUAACUGUAAACUACUAUUGCAAUGCAUUCAGAUGGUUAUUUUUACAAAUAAAAAUGGUACAAACACAGUGGAAAA